GAUGGCCGGACGGACAUGCACGUUCUGUUUGCGGUGCAGUCCAUCUUGGCAGUUUCUGGUCGCGGCGCGGCGGGCUCGUGCCCGUCUGCGCGCCUUUGCCCGCGCCCGCCCACACCACACGCGGCGGCGAGCUGCGCCGACACACCAGCAGCGGCCACAUGGCGGUCCCGCUGCCGCCUCGCGCCCGCCCGGCCCGGCGGGCCCAGGAUGUCGGUGCAGUGGGUUGUGGUUGUAACCUGCCUGCUGGCUUCAAUCCUCUCCAUCUCAGCUCAAUCAGGGAGCCGACAGAUUUCUGAGAAACUUGCUCAAAAUCCUUGUAGCUCAAAGCAAACAUGUCACGAAUGUAUUCAAACCUCAACGUGUGCUUGGUGUGCCCAGCCAGAUUUUGGUGACCGAAAACGCUGCUUCCAGCCAAGUAAUCAAGACUCCAAUCGGCAAUGCAAUGAGGCCUACAUGAUCUUCCCUCAAAAUGAAUACACAGUUGAAAGAAAUGAAGAGCUGUCAAAGGCUAGCAAAGGAAGUGGUUAUAUAUCUGGAUCCAGCUACCAGAGCUCAAGUCAUCAAGAAUCUGGCAGUGCAUAUGAUGGUGGUUUUAAGGAAGCAGUUCAGGUUGCACCUCAACAAGUCAGCUUGAAACUGAGGAUAAAUGAAAAAUACCGAUUGAAUGUUAAUUAUGCCCAAGCUGAAGAUUAUCCUGUCGACCUUUACUAUUUGAUGGACUUGUCCAAGUCCAUGGAAGACGACAAAGAAAAACUCUCAUCGCUUGGUAACUUAUUGGCCCAGGCUAUGCAGAAUAUCACAUCAAACUUCCGCCUUGGUUUUGGCAGUUUUGUUGAUAAAACUGUCAUGCCAUACGUGAGCACUGUUCCAAAAAAACUUGCUCAGCCUUGUGACAACUGUCAGGCUCCUUAUGGAUUCCGCAACCACAUGAAGCUGAACUCAAAUACUCAAGAUUUUUCAGAAGAGGUUAGAAAUGCUGCUGUCUCUGGAAAUCUUGAUGCUCCUGAAGGUGGCUUUGAUGCUAUCAUGCAAGCGGUAGUCUGCAGAGAACAGAUAGGCUGGAGAGAAAAGGCCCGUCGUCUUCUUGUUUUCUCUACUGAUGCAGGCUUUCACUAUGCUGGCGAUGGAAAAUUGGGUGGAAUCGUGAAACCUAAUGACGGACUUUGUCACAUGGAUACUCGUGGAAUGUAUACACAUUCAUCAAUUCAGGACUACCCUAGUAUUUCUCAAAUAAACCUUCAAGUAAAGAGAAAUGCUAUCAAUGUGAUCUUUGCUGUGACUGCGGAACAAAUUGCUGUUUACGAUCGUCUACGCGAACAUGUUGAAGGAGCGUCUGCUGGUACUUUAUCAAAUGAUUCAGCCAAUGUUGUUGAACUUGUUCGAGAUCAGUAUAAUAAAAUAUCCUCUUCUGUUGAGAUGAAAGAUAAUGCAACCAGUGCUGUGAAAGUUACGUAUUAUUCUAGUUGCUUGGAAGAUGGUGGUCCGCUCAAGCAAACAAAUAAGUGUGAUGGUCUCAAAGUUGGAACUCUUGUUAAAUUUGCUGCUGACAUUGAGGUGACCAGCUGUCCAGCCAACCGAGAUGAGUGGAAGCAAACAUUCCAAAUCUAUCCUGUUGGUAUCAAUGAGUCCCUUGUCAUUGAUCUUGAAAUGAUUUGUGAUUGUGCAUGUGAGAAUCCUGGAAAUGUGGGUUACAUUGAGAAUGCCAAGGAGUGCUCUGGCUUUGGCACUUACAAAUGUGGAGUAUGUGAAUGUGAUUCAUCCCACUUUGGUCGCACCUGCGAAUGUGAUAGUGACAAUACUCACUCAGACCGUGACCAAGCUGCUGGAUGCCGUCCAGAUAAUACCACAACUGUCGACUGUUCAGGAAGAGGGUCUUGUGUGUGUGGAAUGUGUGAUUGUGAAACUAGACCAAAUCCAGAGGAGAAAAUUUAUGGCUCAUUCUGUGAAUGUGAUAACUUCUCCUGUGAUCGACAAGGUGGUCAAUUGUGCUCUGGUGAAGACCACGGUAAAUGUGAAUGUGGCAAGUGCCAGUGCUUACCUGGCUGGACUGGUCUAGCUUGUGACUGCAAAGCUACAAAUGAAACUUGUAUUCCACCUAAUGGAGGAGAAGUCUGCUCUGGUAAAGGUGAAUGUGUUUGUGGAACUUGCAAAUGUUUUGAAGGUGAAGAAGGACGAUACUCUGGACGUUAUUGUGAAAAGUGUCCUACUUGUCCUGGCCGCUGUUUGGAAUUCAAAGAAUGUGUUCAGUGCAUGGUUUACAAGACAGGAAAACUGUCUGAGGAGGAGUGUGCUCGCAAUUGUACCUUUGUUCCGCGCGUCAUAGAUGUUGUUGAAGCCGAUGAAGAAAAAGAUGAAAACUUGUGUGCCUAUUAUGACGAAGAUGACUGUAGAUUUGCUUAUGUCUACACAUACGAUGAGAAUGGUAAGGUGGAGAUUCGUGCCCAGCAAGAAAGAGAAUGUCCUCCACAAGUUUACAUUCCAGGUAUUGUUCUGGGUGUCAUUGGUGCCAUAGUUCUUAUUGGCUUGGCAAUGUUACUUUUGUGGAAACUGCUCACCACCAUUCAUGAUCGCAGAGAAUUUGCAAAGUUUGAAAAAGAACGAAGUAUGGCACGGUGGAAUGCGGGAGAGAACCCUAUCUACAAACAAGCUACUUCAACUUUCAAAAAUCCAACCUAUGCUGGGAAAUGAGCACUGAGACUUUCGUCCUAUUAUUUAUUAUUUUCAAUCAGUACUGUUUGUGUAGAGAUUCAUUUGAGUUCCAAAACUCAUUUGUGUCUGUAAGUCAACAACAUGUCUGCCCAUGAGGAGUGUUCACCUCCUAUUAAAUGUGAUUGCUCGGCAUUCCAGGGCUUCUGAGGUUUCUGCACUGUCUGGGAAAGUACAGUGCAAAUAAUCUAGUCCUAUGCAUUAUCCUCUUGAUGAGGAAUCGGAAUUAUACUCUUACUCUUUGAAAUGCAUAUAUCUUGUGCAUGUCUUAUUCAAAUGUUCAGAUGGUUCAGAUGCUAUGUAUUAUGUUAAGUAGCCCUGGAUUGUUUUGCAUACAAAAUGUGACACUGCCUCUAUGGCCUCAGAGUUUGAAACAGUUUUGAAGAUGUUAUCUGAUGUUUUUGUGCAUUUUGAACUUAAUUUCUUCCAUGAAAAGGUACAUGGGAACAAAGUUGGGACCUCCUUUUCAUUUUUAUAAAUAUGUGUACCAUAGUAACGACAUAAAAGGGUUAAAUAUUAUUUCUUUAGAUUUUUUUUCUAUAUUUCUGUUAGCUUAGUAGGAAAUAGUUCAAUUUAAAUCCUUUCUCAUCAUAUUAUUACAUAUUUUGUAUGAUAAACAUCUAUUCAAAUGUUUGUAACUUAUUGAGUGAUGAGAAAAAGUUGUUGUUAAUUUAGAGUCACCUAAUAGACUGGCAGUGCUUUGCACAAGUAUUUCUUUAACUUUUUAAUUUGUAAGAGAAUCAAUCUGACUAAUUGUGAUUAAUAUGUAUGCUGUUUUACUGUUUUAAUUUGACCUUGUAUGUAAUGUGUGCUAGGAAUGAAUGGUUAAAUGUUUGAAUGCAACUUUGUAUGAUGAAUGAGUGAGUUCUGUGAUUGUUUAAAUGAGCGCCAAAUUAAUAUUUGUGCCCAUUUUGCUGUAUUUAAAUAUUUAUAGCCCAGCAUGAUUGAAGGAGUGUGGGGUUGUUUUCGUUUAUAGAAUGUUGGAGAAUAGUCUAUAUUGGCUUAGCUGACUUGAAUUUUACAAUAAAAAGGUGAUAACUGCAGUCAUGUGAAAUGCCUUUGCCAUAAAUAUAAUAGUUUCCUACUGACUUAAUUGGAGAUUGUAUUAUGUUAGUGUAUCUGAAGUUAUAGUGCAUGAGCUGUAACCAAAAUACUUUGCUUUUAGUUACUUCCCUUUUUCUAUGUGUGAUAAACUGCACAUGCAGAGGUGAACAAUUUCUAACAAAGAAUUUUCUUUAUGCGUGUGUCAAACUACUUCAUUAAUUACUUGUAGAAAAAGUGUUACUGUCAUUGACCUUGAGCUUCCACCAAUGACUGCCCAUGUGGGUUUAUGUCAAGGACUAAGCUUCUGUUCCAUUUCAGUUGAUAUGAGUGCUUCACUUAAAAACUGGAGACUGGUGCUGUAGUACUUAUUGCUUUACUUUAAUUUAUACAUACUCAUAUAUCUGUAUCUUAAGCUUUGAGCCUCAGUGGAAAAACCCAACAAAAAAACUAUCAGUUGAAUCUAUUGGAUCAUUUUGAUAACAGGGUAUAAGUAGAUGAUCCUAACUUUUUUGUAAUAUUUCUAAUUACAACUGGCCAAGGAGGAUGUUGUGUAAGGACUGUCUUCCAAUUUUCAUGCUUUUAACACUGCCACAAGAAAAUUGUUUUUUCCCUCUCCUCUAGAAAUUAGUGUUUUUUAUUUAAUUGUCUAGGGUAUUUUAAAGUGACCUCAUUAAUGGUAUUUUGUGCCCUAUGGUCACCAUCUCAUGCUUCAAAUUUUUCCUGUUGAGUAUCAGAUUUCUGUGCCUUUAUAUUGUUGGCCUUGUGUUUGGUGGUGCUAAAUGUUGAUGUUGGGAUCAGUAAACCCAGCCUACAAUGCCAUUUUAAAAUUAUAUGCAUCUGUUUUUCGAAUGUAUUUUGUUAUUAACAUAUAUUUUCAAUGUAAUCCUAACAAGAAUCUGCAUUCAGUCAAUCAUAAUCAUUUUCUAAACAUGCUCCAUACCAUUUUCUUAGCCCAUUUCGUCCAUGUUUUCUCACCCUAAUCAAUGUAUUCCUGUUCUUCCUCAAAGUAAAAUGUUUCAUAUAUUUGAGAGGUAAGAACAUGGAUGUGUAAUAUUUUUGCCAUAAAUAAAUUUGAACGAUUCUGUAAA